AUGAGGGGACGCUAUGUGAAGGGUCUGUUUCCAGCCUUGGCUGUUGCUAUACUGCUUCUCUGUGUGAUCUCUGUCAAGAGGGAAAUCCAAACCCAAGAGAAGCAGUUUUACCAAGUUCAGCAGAACUUUUCGAGUCACAGUGCACUGCUCCUCAACAAGCUGGAGAAACUGGAGGCUCAUGUACACGCGAUAGAAGGAAGAAAUCUGAAAGUGAAAGGUGAGAAUCUGUUCCCAAACUCACAACUCUUCAGGCAAUGGAAGGUGGAGCUUUCUGAGGAAGACCUGAGAAAAGCUCAAGAUCUCUUUCAGAAAUACGGUUAUAAUGCCUUCCUCAGUGACCAAAUCCCUUUGGACAGAGCGCUGCCGGAGACUCGAGACUACAGAUGCAUUGGACGUGAAUACCCCCCUAAUCUUCCCACCAUCAGUGUGGUGUUGAUUUAUCUGGAUGAGGCUCUGUCUAUCAUUCAAAGAGCCAUUUGCAGCAUAAUCAACAGAACUCCAGCCCACCUGCUCAAAGAGAUCAUACUGGUGGAUGACCACAGCAAAAAUGAAGAUCUGAAGUCACUGCUGGAAGUCUAUGUCAGCUCCAUUAAUGAGAAGCACCCAGGCCUGGUGAAGAUGGUGACACAUUCAGAGCAGAGAGGCCUUGCUCAGGCAAGAAUCUCAGGGUGGAAGGUUGCCACCGGGGAUGUGGUGGCAAUUUUGGAUGCCCACAUUGAGGUCCAUGUUAAAUGGGCGGAGCCUCUGCUUGCCCGUAUCCAAGCUGAUCGCAAGUUGAUCGUGAGUCCUGUGUUUGACAAAGUGAAUUUCUAUGAUUUGCAAGUGAUAAACUAUGUCGCCUCUGCCCAUGGUUUUGACUGGGCUCUCUGGUGCAUGUACGAGAGAUUUCCACAGAAGUGGUAUGAACGAAAUGACCCGUCACAGCCAGGAAAAAGUCCCUCUGUAAUGGGCAUUCUCGUGGCUGAUCGUCUGUUCUUCGGUGAGAUUGGAACUCUGGAUGGAGGGAUGCAGGUGUAUGGAGGAGAGAAUGUUGAAUUAGGCAUACGGGUGUGGCUUUGUGGAGGAAGCAUAGAGAUUGUUCCCUGCUCUAAAAUUGCCCAUAUUGAAAGGGCACACAAACCUUACAUGCCCGACCUGAGCAUUGUAAUGAAGAGAAAUGCCCUCAGAGUGGCAGAAAUUUGGAUGGAUGAAUACAAGAAAAACGUCUACAUCGCAUGGAAUAUUCCCAUUCAGAACCAUGGGAUAGACAUCGGAGAUGUAUCAGAGAGAAAACAACUUCGAGAGAAGCUGAAAUGCAAACCAUUCAAAUGGUAUUUGGAAAAUGUCUAUCCUCAGUUACAUCCCGCUAGAAAAAUAGUUGCUUAUGGAGUGUUGAUUAACAAUCUGCAAACAAGUUUAUGCUUGGAUCAAGGGCCAGUUGAAAAGAACACUCCCAUUAUAUAUCAAUGUCAUUUCACAUUCACACAGAUAUUUUACUAUUCAGACAAAGGUGAGAUAUUUGUUGGCUCCCUCAUGAGCAGUGCAUUUCAACAGGCCCGUUGUGUAAGUGAUCCAGCCACGAGGAGUGUCCCGGAGUUCAACUUGUGUUCAGAUACUAAAAAGCUAAUGUACUGGGACUUCAAACAGGGCCAGGCCAUACAGAACAGGAAUACCAAACGCUGUCUGGAGAUCAGCUCUGACCAGAAUGGAAAUUAUGAGCUUUUGAUUCAGGAGUGCAGCGACCAGCACUGGACGAUACAUAAUGUACCUGAGGACCUCUGA